AUGUCUCUCACAUUGAAACUUUCGUCGCUUGUCAUUCGCACUCUAUCGAAGCCCAUUGCGAAUCAAAUCAAAAACCAGGCUCGCGAGCAUGAGCGUUUCCGACAUGUCUGUGUAUCCAUGGCACAGACUCUGCACCGCAUUGACAUGCGCCUGCGAUUAGGUCUGAUCCGCGACACCAGCGCGAUAGAACAACACGCCGCAAAAGAAGCCGCAGAUGCAGAAGCACGGAAAUUCAAGCCCAAGGUUCCGACAGCGAAGACAGAAGCAGAAGUAAAAGCGGAGGGUGAGGCAAUCCAACAAGCGAAGAAGAAAGCGAUUGAACACGCAAAAUCACGGCCCCCGCCGAAGAUCAGACCGUUGUCCGAAUCCAAAGCCAUUGACUCGGGCGCGAAUUUUAUCAGCGAGACGUUCCUCUUCCUGGUAGCUGGUGGCCUGAUUGUCUUCGAGUCAUGGCGGUCACGGCGUAAGGAGACUACUCGUCGAGAGGAUGUUCAAGACCGGUUAAAUGAAUUGGAGCAGUCAGAAAAAGCCGCCCGCAGAGCUCUGGUUGUCCUCGAGAAAGAAAUUCUCGAGCUCAAAGCCCACCAAGGGAAAAAGUCUGUCAAAGAUAUGAAGCGUGUCCUGCCUUCCGAUGUAUGGGAAGUUGAGGAAACGGAAGAAGAGCCAAAGAACGAGAAUACAGGCUGGACAUCUCGCAUCGUGGCCUGGUUCUCUUCUCCCGAGCAGACCAUUCAGUCCUCUCAAGUGACUAAAACGUCAGAGGUUCCUUCUCCAAGAGAAGGAGCAGGGGAUUCUUCAUUCCCCAGCGUUAAUUCUAGUCCAUCAGCCACCACUAUCGUGCUCAACUCCCACAAAGCAGAACCCUCGUCGAAAGAAUCAUAA